AUGCCGGCCCCAUAUUCUGACGAUUUGUAUUCGGCUGACGACUCCGACUAUGAUGAUCACGUUACCGACGACAACGACCUCGAUCAUCACCUCUCACCUACUGACGGCUACUUCCAGAACAGUACAUCGACCUCGUCAGACGGAGGAAUUUACCCUCCGCAACAGGAACACUUUCACAGCCAGGACGACGUAACCGACGCCACCUUUCCCACCUCUGCCGGCGUGCCGCAUGUGCCCAACAUCCUCGUCCAGGACCCGUCGCUGCGUUUGCAACAAGAGGGGUCCUCCACUACCUCCCAGAAAGAUCGCGAAGCAAGGGAAGAGGCAAGGUUAAAUUCACCGCCCGUUGGUAGGACCUCGUCGUCACCCGCCACCCCCACCGACGACCAUCACUAUUACGACGGUUCCUCUACUGCAGCCGAUAGCGAGGCGACGCCGUCACAUACAACGGCGGCGACGACGACUGCGUAUACUUACACCUCCUCCAACGCCGCCCAAAGCUCCUCGUCGUCUUAUACACCAUACGCGCCCUCUGUCGACGCUCCCCUGCGCACGCCCCAGACUCACCCAAGUAGGAGCCUGUACUCACAACCGGCCUCACUGUUCCGUAUCCCCAGAGAGGCACCCCCCGCUUACACGCCGUCGCCCACGUCCCCACUGGCGUCAUCUCCCACACCGUCCAGGAACUACCAGACCUUCAGCAGCAACAUGGGAGCACGCGAGGAAGAGGCCCGCCUGCUGGGUCGCGACCCCGAGAGCAUGGGCGACGACUCAUACGACAGCCACGACCCGAGGCCGUCGCCGUCAUGGAAGGACAGAGUCCUCAAGAAAUUCUCGAGACGGACCGUGAAGACGGCGCUCCUUGUCGCCUUGGUCUUUUUUACCCUGACCGGUUUCCUCAGCAUGCUGGCCACAGCCGUCGUAAGCGUGCCGUCCGAUAAACCCCCCUCAACGGAACCCCCAAAGGAGCUUGACCCCGUCACCGGCCAGCCGAUUAAGGUCGGCCCUUCUGAACCAACCCAGCCCAGUGAGCCGAACAGCCCCGUGCCCUGGAAUCCCUCCAGGACAUGCUUGCAGUCAGAGUAUCGCUUCGACCCCAAGGUCUUUGGCGUCUCUUUCAACCCCGACAAGACCCUGAGCAUCAUCCAAGCCGUCGAGAGUGACGCGCCCUCCCGCGGGUACCGGCCUCAGGUCACCGGCGACCUCGUCGUUCGCCGCCUGCAAGGCAGCGCUCCUGGACCCUCUGUCGAGCUUGAGGUCGUCGCCAAUCACGACGGCCUCGACGUCGGUGUCGACUGGGACUCGGAACUGCAACGGCUCCUGAUUAAGGUCCCUCAGCGCAUCGACUGGACCAGCUCUCUUCGUCCCUGCCUGGCUGUACGCGCUACUCUUUGGGUGCCCGAAAACGCCGAGCUGUCGCAUCUUUAUCUUGGCACGACGCACCUCGGCGUCGAGCUUGCGGACGACCUCUCCGUCACCAUCAAGAACGGCUUUGAGAUUGUCGCUAUAUCCGGCGACGUCCACACCCCCGUGGAGCCUUCUAGCACGUAUCGUCUCGGUUCACGCGACAUUGCCGUCAAGACCAUUUCCGGCGACAUCACGGGUUCGUGGCCGCUCUACGACUCCCUCAAGAUCAGAAGCGAGUCGGGCGAUAUCCACGCGAACGUCAACCCCCAACCAGUCCUCGAGUCCGCGCCGCGCCCCGCUGUCCUCGAGGUCACCAGCAUCUCGGGCACCAUCAGCAUUAAGGAACCCCUAGACCAGGCAGCGAGUAGCACCAAGCCCGACGCCGUCAUCCCGCCCCGCGACUACGUCACCACGCUCGACGCCAAGUCUGGCGGCAUUCGCGCCUGGGUCGCCUUCACCACCCUCGCCUUGGCCGAGAGCAUCAGUGGCGACGUCGCUGUUGAGCUCCUGCCCGUAUUCAACAUCAGCUUGCUGCAGUCCCUCGGGGAGCCCGAGCUACACACCAGCACCAAGAGCGGCAACGUCGCUAUCAAGAUGCUUGAGCCCAUCUGGGUCGAGAUCGCGAGCACCGAGGGCACCCCCGGAGGAGAGAAGCCGAGGGCCAAGCCCGACGAACCCAUCGACAUCCCUACCAACCCCCUGCCCGUGCCCAACAUCCCCAAGAUCCCUCGCGUGCCGAGUGCCCCGUUCAUCCCAGGCAUCGGACAGCCAUUCAGACGCAGCCCCCUAUGGGCCGGUAAAUGGACCGACGCGUGGCCAGUCAGACGCUCCUCAGCGGAUGCCUCGACCCAAACCGAGGAGCGCGACAUCAUGGCCAACGACCAGCCGCCGAUGCGCCUCAAGUCCAGCCACAGCACCAUCAGCGGAACCAUGGAGAUCCACUACCCGGCCUCAUGGGAGGGUUCCGUUAGAGCCGAGAGCAACAGCGGCAAGAUUAACAUCCGCGGCAAGGGCGUCACGAUUGACAGCAGGACGACCUGGCCUAGGGCCGUCCAUGCGCACAAGGGCCAACCCUUGUCCUCCUCCGCCUCGCUCAGCAGUAUCUCUGGUGACCAGACUCUGCUCAUCGGCUAA